AAAAGACACAUUUCUAAUGGAGAUUUAACAAUAUUCCCUUAUUGCAUUAAUUUUUACGGCCUCUGAUCCUGAAGUGGAUGAAUGCUCGCUCCAGCAUCGAUAUUGUAUCAGUUGCAAAGAUAACUGAAGAAAGAAAGAAAGUCAUACACAACUGGGAUAAGGCGGAAUGAUGCGUGAGGGUGGGAAAUUGUGGAGAAACAGCUUGAUGGGUCACAGCAGUGAUCAUGAAGAGGAGAUGAUGUUUAGAGAGAAUGACGGAGACUCAGAGGACAUGAUGGACUUGAGUGACCUGCCUACAGCUCUGUUUGCCUGCAGCGUGCACGAGGCGGUGUUCGAGGAGGACAGACAGCGGGAGCGGUUUGAAGCUCUGUUCAGGUUCUACGAUGAUCAGACAUCAUUCCAGAUGUUCAAGAGUUUCCGGAGAGUUCGGAUCAGCUUCAGCACUCCAGAGGCCGCUGCACGUGCACGCAUCGAGCUCCACGAAUCCGAUUUCAACGGCACUAAACUAAAACUCUACAUCGCACAGGUACAGAAUUCAGGGGAGGAUGUGGACAAGACAUACCUGGCCCCGCCUCAACCUGCCAAGCAGUUCCUCAUCUCUCCAUCUGCAUCCCCGUCUGUGGGGUGGAGCCAGAGUGAGGAUGCCACACCUGUGAUUAACUAUGACCUGCUGUGUGCUGUGGCCAAACUAGGACCAGGUGAGAAGUACGAGCUGCAUGCAGGUACAGAGUCCACUCCUAGCGUGGUGGUCCACGUGUGCGAGAGUGAAACCGAGGAAGAGGAGGAAGCUCGGCCCAAAGCGAAAAUCAUUCAGACCAGACGCCCUGACGGUUCCCCAAAAGUCUUCAACUAAGCCCGUUGACACACUGCACAUGAUCUAUCUCUCUCUCUCUCUGUCUCUUUCUCUGACCAGGGAAAUAUACGCUUUAUUUCAACAACAAAAAAAGCUAAUCUAAGAAGUGGGCUUCAUUUGGAGGGGUGCUUAGUGCACUGGAGACUGAUGCUGUUCUGAACUGGACUAGUGAAAGGAACACACUGUCUCACAGCUGCCUCACGGGACAGCCAGGGGGCAAUGAGUUUGCUACUCCCCCCCCCCAAUCAUAGCAGUUUUCAUUCCCUCAUUUAGAGUCUUUGUGCUGUAGCAUUACAGAGCAGUAAUAGUAUUUAACAGAUUUAGAGUAGGUUAUAUGUUAACCUUGUUACAGUUUGUCAUCAAAGAAAAAAUGCUUUAAAAAAAGAAAGUGGAACCAUGUAUUUUCUGCUUUCUCUCUGAUGGCUUUGUCCAAGUUUAUCUCCAUAUUGUUUAGGUUGGCAUACCACAGAGGGGGUGCGGCUCACUGGGUUUGUGACCCGUGUGUAUUUAUGUCUGUUCGUACCACACCAGGUGGGGAUAACAAGAUUUUCAAUGAAAAUUACUGUUUAAGAUAAGAGGUCAAAAGUUGAAGUGUUUCAGUAAUGUUGGUGAUGAUGAGAGAUUUUCUCUCAGAGGGUGUUAAACAUGUUUGUUUACUAAGUUAGAUGUGUAUUAUGCUUACUGUGUAUUUGAUAACACAUACAUUUUUGCAUGCUAACUGGCGUAUUUUAUACUCUGUUAAAGAUUGAUGCAACUGCUUUUUAGCAUAUCUGACCGCUGUCUUUCAGAAGAAUGAACUGACAUUGGAAAGUGAAGACAACAGUUGUCAGGUGUAAAGUUUGACACAGACAUUUUGUACUUAUGUAAUGCUCACUGACAGAUGGAAGAUAAUUUAUUCAUAGUACAGGAAAAAAGCACAUUGAGUUGGGUUUUAGUUUCUCCUCAGCUCUGUUUGGCACCAUUCAGCUUUAGCUUUUUCUAGGAAUGGAUAUAGACCUAGAUUUCCAGGCCUGUAAAAGUCAUAAAAAUGAAAAACGAAUCUCUUAAGUCAUGGAAAAGUAAUUAAAAUUUCGCUCAGCUCUGAUAUAUUUCAUUGGCUAGAAAUAGCUUUUUGUCAGUGCAAUAUCUAUAAAAAAAAUUUAGAAUAUCCUUAUCCAGUAAUAAUGAAUGACUGUGCAAGUCAUGGAAAUUCAAAGGUGUGGGAACCCUGUGUUUUGGGGGCUUUCUGUGCUACUUGCAUUGUUAAGCACUGAAAAUGUGUGGUGUUUCUCAUCUCUGCAUGGGUUUCCUGAAUCAAGACUUUAAUCAGCUGAGGUUACAGGACUAUAUGCUCAUUGUGGAGAGUUGCAGAGAAUUGUACACCCCAGCUACAUUUAUUGUAGGUAUUUUCUAGAUUUCUAAUAUUCUUGAUUGUUCUGGGAUCCAUUGAAUCUCAUUUUGUUUGCUGUGAAUAAUCUGUUAUAUUUGGUGUCAAAAGCUUAAGUCAAUCAAAUUUUGUGUAGUUUGGUUAACAAAUUAAAAGAUCAUACAUCAAACUCUGAAGACAUAUGAAGUCCAGGUGGGAGUACCAUUGUGUGAAUGCUUGAUAUUUUUGUGUCUUGCAAAUUCUCUUUUUCAGUUUAUUGCUGUUUCAGUUUAUAUAUAUAUAUAUAUAUAUAUAUAUAUAUAUAUAAACAUACACUGUGCUUCAUACCAAAACGAUUACAAAUAUUAAAUGCCUCUUGAUGAAUACAUUUGUUUUAAACAAUGUGCUGUAACCGUUAGGGAGUGAAAUGGUGGUUAAACUAGCCUUACUAAAAGUCACAUUUUAGUGAAAAAAAUGGGAGAAUCUUGUUAAAUGUAUAAUUCACCCAAAAACGUAAAUACUCUCAUCAUUUACUCACUUUCAUGCUAUCCCAGAUGUGUAUGACUUUCUUUCGUCUGCUGAACACAAACAAAGAUUUUUAGAAAAAUAUCUCAGCUCUGUUGGUCCAUA